AUGCAAGUUCAACCACCGUUGUUGGAGAAUGAGAUCACCAUGUUGUUCAUCAACACUCUGAAGGCUCCAUUCAUUACUCACAUGAUUAGAAGAACUACCAAAAGUUUUGCGGACAUAGUCAUGGUGGGAGAGAUGAUUGAAAAUGCCAUAAGUGGUGGCAAAAUUGAGGGGGAAGCGGCCAAAAGAUCAGCCCCAAGGAGAAAAGACAAUGAGGUGAACAACACAAGUAGCUUCAACUCGAAGGCAGUCACAUUUGGUCAACCCAAAGUAGCUGCGGUUGGGCAACAGGGUUCUCAAAGGCAGGAAUCGGGCACGAGGCACGAGAGGAUGCAAUUCACACCUAUCCUUGUGACGUAUCGUGAGCUUUAUCAAAGCUUAUACGAUGCACAUUCUAUUGCUCCUUUCCACUUGAAACCAUUACAGCCUCCAUAUCCUAAAUGGUAUGAUUCAAACGCCAGAUGCGAGUACUACGCUGGAAAAUCGGGGCACUCAAUUGAAAAUUGUACCGGAUUCAAGAAGGGCGUGGAGAGGUUGAUCAAGAUGGGGGUUGUGAAAUUUGAUAGUACCCCAAAUACUGAAAACCCUUUGCCAAAUCAUGACAAUCAAGGAGUGAACGCCAUUGGCGAAGCUAGUGAGAGAAGGAUGAAGGAAAAUGUUGCUGAGGUGAGGAUGCCUAUAAAGGUGAUUUGGGAGGAGAUAAUGAAGAGAGGGAUGAUAACCUCUAGGAGAGAGAGAGAAAAAAUGGGGAAUUACUGUGAGUUCCAUGGAGAAGAGGGUUAUGAGGCCCAAAAUUAUAAAGAAUUCAGAGCCUUGGUGCAAGGCUUUAUAGAUAAUAAAGAGCUACAAAUUUUUGAAGGUAACUCUUAUAAAAGAGAAAUAAGUGUGCUAGAAGAUGAACAAAAAGGAACCAGCCGGCCAAGGAUUAUUAUCUCUCUACCAGGGAAUAAUGAAGUGGGGACACUAGCAAUGCACAAGGUCAUUAUCCAUAAGCCUACUCCUUUCCCUUACAAGAAUAACAAGAGAGUACCAUGGAGUUAUGACUGUAGUGUGACAGUGCCGGAGGAAGAAAAUAUAGCCAGCGCAUCUAAAGACGUGCAAGUUGAAGGUUUCCACACGUGGAGUGGGAAGCGUUAUGAUACGAGAGGCAUCAGAGUGGAGCCCACAAAAACAAAAGGUAUCGAGGUUGAGAAGGAGAAAGAGAUCGAAGUACCCAUCAAUGAGCCGGUGAAGGAGGAGGAGGCUAAGGAAUUCCUAAAGUUCCUUAAAGAUAGCGAGUACAGCGUGGUUAAGCAGUUGCGUAAGCAGUCGGCUCGCGUAUCAGUAUUGGCUCUACUUCUAAGUUCUAAGGUACAUCGGGAUGCAUUGAUGAAGGUGCUCAACGAAACAUAUGUUACCCAUGACGUAUCCGUUAACAAGUUGGACCGAUUGGUGAACAACAUUAGUGCGGAUAAUUUCAUCUACUUUAAUGAUGAUGAAAUCCCACUGAGGGCCAGGGGGUCAACUAAGGUUUUGCACAUCACAACUCGAUGCAAGGGGUACACACUCCCAAGCGUGCUUGUUGAUAAUGGAUCGGCCUUGAAUGUUCUACCGUUAUCUACAUUGAAUAGAUUACCCAUUGACGAUUCUCACAUGAAAACAUAUCAACAUGUGGUAAGAGCCUUUGACGGUACAGAAAGGAUGGUGAUAGGAAGGAUUGACACCCCCUUGGAAAUUGGGCCAAAUAUAUACGAAGUAGACUUUUUGGUGAUGGAUAUCAAGCAUUCUUACAAUUGCUUAUUGGUAGGCCAUGGAUACACUCAGCGGGAGCGGUGCCCUCUUUGUUGCACUAGAAAUUGA